AUGUGGCUGCAUGGUCAUGGGCGACUUCGCGCAGUCAGUCCAUCAUUGGACUCAUCACGACGCAUCGGACGAUAUCACGCGCGAGUGCGGUAUUUUCGCCAUUGGCUCAUAUCACCGCGUGGUGGUUUCGAAGACACAUCCCCUGAGAGAAGCGGGAACGGAGACACCGACGAUGACGACAACGGCUGGCCAAAGGUGCUCGGGAACAAGGAGCUGGAGACAGAUCCGCAACCAUGGGGGCUGUGCAAUGCAACCCCGAUAGGGCGGGACGAGAGGCGUGCGAAGUCGAAGAUGCCCGAGGCGCUACCCUGA